CUGCUCCUUCAGACUCACUCAGCACAAUCAGCCGGACUCCGAACUUUGGACUCAACCAAACCAAAGAGCUCAGCUCGGACCAGUGUUUGUGUGAGAGCCUGGAGACAUGAAGAGGAGACUCCUGCUGGUGUCCAACUCCACUCUGCAUGGCAGCGGCUACCUGGACCACUGCCAGCAGCACAUCUGCAGCUUCUUUGGGAAGGAUGUGAAAAGGGUGCUGUUUGUUCCCUAUGCCCUCCAUGACAGAGACGCCUACACCAAGACUGCCAGGGACAAGUUCAAAACUUUAGGUUAUGAGGUUGAUGGCAUCCAUGAGGCGGCAGACCCAGCUGAAGCCGUCCGAAAGGCUGAAGGGAUUUUUAUUGGGGGAGGCAACACUUUCCGGCUGCUCAAGAGCCUUUAUGACAACAACGUAGUGACGGAGAUCAGGAAGAGAGUCAUGGAGGACGGCGUCCCGUAUAUGGGUUCCAGCGCCGGCACCAAUGUGGCCACCGUCAGCAUAAGCACAACCAAUGACAUGCCCAUCGUUUUCCCUCCAACCUUCUCCGCCAUCGGCCUCGUCCCUUUCAACAUCAACCCACACUACCUGGACCCCGACCCCAGCAGCCGCCACAUGGGGGAGACCAGGGAGCAAAGGAUAACCCAGUACCAUGAAGAACCCAACACUCCCAGUGUUCUGGGGCUGAGGGAAGGCUCCAUGCUGUUGGUGGAGGGCAACAAAGCCACGCUGUUAGGGACCACAAAGGCCCGACUUUUCACCAGGUACUCACAGUCUGUCCACAACUUUAGAGGCACUACUGGGAUUUACAAUUAA